UUUAAUCAGUACAUUACCAAGUUCAAUCCUUAGUUUAAUCAGUACACUACAGAGUUCAAUCCUUUGUUUAAUCAGUACAUUACCGAGUUCAAUCCUUAGUUUGAUCAGUUCACUACCGAGUUCAAUCCUUAGUUUAAUCAGUACACUACCUAGUUCAAUCCUUAGUUUAAUCAGUACACUAUCGAGUUCAAUCCUUAGUUUAAUCAGUACAUUACCAAGUUCAAUCCUUAGUUUAAUCAGCACGCUACCGAGUUCAAUCCUUAGUUCAAUCAGCACACUACCGAGUUCAAUCCUUAGAUUAAUCAGUACACUACCGAGUUCAAUCUUUAGUUUAAUCAGUACACUACCGAGUUCAAUCCUUAAUUUAAUCAGUACACUACCGAGUUCAAUCCUUAGUUUAAUCAGUACACUACAGAGUUCAAUCCUUAGUUUAAUCAGUACAUUACCGAGUUCAAUCCUUAGUUUAAUCAGCACGCUACCGAGUUCAAUCUUUAGUUUAAUCAGCACACUACCUA